AUGUCGCGGCGUCCAGACGCGCGGGUUGACAUGUACGAGGCCUUGCCUGUUCCCUUUGGCUUGGUCCGAUACGGGGUUGCUCCAGACCACCCCGAGGUCAAAAAUUGCCAGGGCAGGUUUGAGGAGAUCGCCGCAUCCCCAAACUUCCGCUUCAUUGGCAAUGUAUCCGUCGGCCGCAGUGGACACUCAGCCGAGCACUGCACGGUGCAGCUUGAAACCCUGAUGCGCCACUACGAUUCCAUUUUGCUGGCGUACGGGGCUUCCGAGGAUCGACAGCUCGGCAUCCCCGGCGAGGCGACCCUUGGCAGCGUGUACUCGGCCCGUCAGUUUGUCGGCUGGUACAAUGGCUUCCCGGACUCGGCGGGUCUGGCGCCCGACCUCACACGUGGCGAGGAGGCUGUCAUCAUCGGGCAGGGCAACGUCGCCCUGGACCUAGCCAGAAUGCUGUUGGCAGGCGUCGACAUCCUGAGGGCGACGGACAUUACGGAACACGCCCUCGCUCAGCUUGCAAGCAGCCGAAUCAGAAGAGUACGCGUGGUUGGGAGGAGAGGGCCAAUGCAGGCUGCCUUUACCAUCAAGGAAGUCCGCGAGCUCAUGAAGCUUCCCAACGUGGCGUUUCAUCCCGUUCAACGUUCCCUCAUACCAGAUGAUGUCAGGGGUCUUCCCCGGGUGCCGAGACGGCUCAUGGAGGUUCUGAUCAAGGGGAGCCAUGCACCAUCCACCAGCACGCCCAAGUCAUGGUCUCUGGACAGCUGCCUCUCCCCGAAGCGCUUCCUGGCCCGCAAUGGCAUGCCCCCCGCGGUUGCGAGCACCGAGUUUGACGUGACCAGCCUUGCGGCACCGUUCGAUCCACAGUCGCGCGAGACUGCCACUGGAGACACCCUCACUCUGCCGUCGGACAUUGUCAUUCGCUCCGUGGGCUACAGGGCGGUUGGUCUUGCUGGCUUCGCCGAGGCCGGAAUCCGCUUCGAAGAGGGGCGGGGCGUGUUAGACCACGAUGGCCUCGGUCGACCACUGCGCGGCUUGUACUGCGCGGGCUGGAUCAAGACGGGCCCGACAGGUGUCAUCGCCACCACCAUGCACGAUGCGUUUGCGACAGGAGAUGCCGUCAUACAGGAUUGGCAGUCCGGCCGCUUCCUCGGCUCAAAUCAAGUCGGCGCGGCGGGAGGCUGGGAAGCGGUGAGGCAAGCGGUCGGGCCUAGUGCGGCCCUCUUUGUUUCCUGGGAUGAAUGGCGCAAGAUAGACUUGGCCGAGAGGGAGCGCGGGGAGAGGAAGGGCAAACAACGAGAGAAAUUUACAGGCACGGCAGACAUGUUGUCGGUUAUCAAGUGA